GCAGCAGCAGCAGGAGCAGGUUCACCAAAAUCUGUGGAAGUAAUAGGCGGGAAACGAAAAACACAGCGGAGGAUCUCUAGAGAGAGAGAGAGAGAAGAGAGGGGAGAGAGAAGAUGAAGGAGAGAGGAGGGGGGAAGGAGCCUACGGUGGACGAACGCUACAAUCAGUGGAAGUCUCUCGUCCCCGUUCUCUACGACUGGCUGGCCAAUCACAACCUCGUCUGGCCCUCUCUCUCUUGCCGAUGGGGUCCACAGCUAGAACAAGCCACUUACAAGAAUCGCCAGCGUCUCUACCUCUCGGAACAGACUGAUGGCAGUGUCCCAAACACACUUGUCAUAGCAAAUUGUGAAAUUGUUAAGCCUAGGGUUGCUGCUGCAGAACAUAUAUCACAGUUCAAUGAAGAGGCACGCUCUCCUUUUGUAAAGAAGUUCAAGACAAUUAUACAUCCUGGAGAGGUAAAUCGAAUCCGGGAACUACCACAGAAUAGCAAGAUAGUGGCUACUCAUACCGAUAGUCCAGAUGUACUCAUUUGGGAUGUUGAGGCCCAACCUAAUCGGCAUGCUGUGUUGGGAGCUCAAGAUUCUCGUCCAGACCUGAUACUGACGGGGCAUCAGGACAAUGCAGAAUUUGCUCUUGCUAUGUGCCCCACAGAACCUCUUGUGCUAUCUGGAGGGAAAGAUAAAUUAGUGGUUUUAUGGAGCAUUCAUGAUCACAUCUCCUCUUUAGCUGUAGAUCCAGGGCCUGCAAAGUCUCCUGGAUCUGGUGGUUCCAGCCUAAAAAAUGCAUCUAAGGUUGGCGGGUCCAAUGAUAAACCCGUAGACAGUCCUACUAUUGGACCACGAGGUACCUAUCAAGGUCAUGAGGACACUGUUGAAGAUGUGCAGUUUUGCCCUUCAAGUGCACAGGAGUUCUGUAGUGUUGGUGAUGAUUCUUGCCUUGUACUAUGGGAUGCAAGAACUGGUUCCAGUCCAGUCCUCAAGGUUGAGAAAGCACAUGAUGCCGACCUGCACUGUGUUGAUUGGAAUCCCCAUGAUGUUAACCUCAUCCUGACUGGGUCUGCUGAUACUUCUGUUCGGAUGUUUGAUCGCCGAAACCUCACUUCUGGGGGAGUUGGAUCACCUGUUCACAUAUUUCAGGGUCACAAUGCUGCUGUCCUUUGUGUACAGUGGUCUCCAGACAAAUCAUCCGUCUUUGGAAGUUCAGCAGAGGAUGGCAUCUUGAACAUUUGGGAUCAUGAAAAGAUUGGUAAGAAACAAGAAAAUGUGGGGACAAAAGUUCCAAAUUCUCCACCUGGCUUGUUCUUCCGUCAUGCUGGCCACAGGGACAAGGUCGUUGAUUUCCAUUGGAACUCGUGUGACCCAUGGACAAUUGUUAGUGUGUCUGAUGAUGGUGAAAGUACUGGUGGUGGUGGUACGCUGCAGAUAUGGCGGAUGAUCGACUUGAUUUACAGGCCGGAAGAGGAGGUCCUUGCUGAGCUGGACAAGUUCAAGUCUCAUAUACUUACCUGUUCUUCUUGAUGUCUCUGAAGAUGAACUGAUUAGAAACACCUAGUUAGUUACCUUUACUUCUGAGCUACUAAAAAUUGUGAAGCGGAUGGUCAUAUCCGGAAAAUCGUUAGUUUGAUGUUAAACUUAUUGUGUUAUCAUAUUCCAGAUGUGGUAUGCAUGUGUUGAUCUUGGUGCAUUGAUUUCAGUUCAGUUAUUGAAAGAGGAAUCAUGAACCUUUUGUUUU